GUGAAAAACAAAAAUUAUUUUUGCUUAUUAUCAUAUUAUUUAGUUCUGAUUAAUUCCAUCCAGGAUAUAUGUGUUCAGAAUAUUAAUUGUGAUCAUGAGUUUCAAUGUAGAUGAUCCGCUUGCUGGGAUUCUAAGUGAUGGUAGUGAUGACAGUUUUUUUGAUGAUGAUAUAUUAGGUAAAAAGAAACCAGCUAAAAAGAAUACCACUGCUGUAGACAAGAAAAGUGCUUUAUUCGAUUUAGAUGACAAAACUGAGCCCAAGCUUCAUGACAUCGUACCGAAGAGAAUUGAAGCUCCAGAGGCUGUCACUAAAGUUCCCAUAAAAACAGAGUUUUCGGAGAAAAAUAAACCUGAUAACCAACUGCUAAAACCUUCAACUUCCUUUAAAUUAUCGGCUAAUGCUGAUACUAAGAGAAACGAUUUGUCCCUUUCUAAAGACUUGCACGAAGUUACAGAUAUUAAAAAAUCUCCUUUUAAAUCUAAAAUUGGCACUAGUAAUGAGAAAAUAGAUAUAUUAGAUGAUAUCCUCGGAUCGAAAAAAAGCAAUAUGGACCAAACAGAUAAAAGAAAGGGGUCACAAUCUAUAUUAGAUGAUAUUUUAGGGAAGCCUACAAAAGAUUCUAGUCAGGUAAAAUCAGCGACAAUAAAAAACCAACAAUAUAACUUGGAUAACAUUUUAAGCAAAAACGAUUCGAAGGAAACAUUAUCAUCAAAGAAACAAAGCAAACAACCUUUGCCAGUGCCUUCAAAUGAAAAUGUCCAACAAAAGAAAACAAAAUCAAGUGAAGAUUGGCUAGGGAUAUUUCAAGAAGAAAAUGAAGAGACCGAAAAGGAUGAUCCUGAUAUGCCAUCAUGGUUAGGUGGAAGUAGCAGUGUAAAAAAGACAACAUUGGAAAAACGCAGUAAAACGGAAUCACAAAAAGAAGUGGAGAAAGAACCUGAUUUACCCAAGCCCGCAUCUAGAAACCAGAGUAAUGAAUUGUCUGGUAUAAAAGAAUCUACAGAUUUAGGUUCUAUAAAAAUUAGUAGCAAUUUAGAAAAAUCAAAUACAUUUCCAAAUGUAGAGGUGCAAAAUGAAGAGGACGUUACGACCCAAGGCGCGGCGGUCUUUUUGCAGCAGCAGGAGGCACAGUUAAUGGUGGCAUUGCAAUUAAAAGCACAGGAUGAAAAACUUGCGGCAAUGCAAGUUAAGCAGAAGGAAGCACAGCGAGUCCACCGCGAGGCGACCGCUGCGCAGCACGCGCAACUUGAUGCCAUGCUGCAGAAGCAAGCCAACCAUAGACUACAGAUGCAAGCUAUUAUAAAUGCACACCAAGAUCGAAUUGCACAAAGAAUAAAGGCACUUUUAGAUUCCAAUGAAACAGGACAAGAUGGCGAUAUGAUUGGUGAAGAUUAUGACAAUGGUUCAAAGAAUACAGAAAGUCCUCGUAAUAAAGAAAAGAAACAAUUAUUACAACUAAUACAAUCACUGCAGGAGAAUCACGACAAAGAAAUAGACCUUAUGGAAACGUCCUACAGGAAACAGCUGGCUUUUCUAGAAUUUUCACUAAGUCAAACAGAAGAAAGGAUGAAAGAGGAGAGCGAUAAAGUGGUAAAUUUCUACAUGGAGAAAAUUAACUGGUUGGAGGAGCAUCAUGGACUUUAUAAAAAGUGGACGGAAGAGAAUACGACUGCGCUUAUUGAACGACAUAACGUUGAAAAAGAAAUGUUAAGACAACAGCACAUGGAGAAUGUGAAAGUGUUACAAGAACAUCACACAGCUCUGAUGGAGAAUAUUAAAAACGCUGUAAAACAGGAACAAGUUUUAAUGCGAGAUUCUGCAGGAUUCUCAUCAGAUAUACAAGAACUGUUGGCUAAUGUUAGAGAUAAUAAAAUAAAAUGUGAACAUUUAGUUGAAAAAGUUACAACUCUAAGUGAUAAAACACAGAGUGAAGCAGAAAGAAGUCUUCAAGUUAGAGAAACGCAAAUUAACGAUAUGAUCCAACAAUUGAAAAAGGAGAGAGAAUAUUUUGAAAGGGAGAAGAGUGAAACCAAAGACACGAUACAAACAUUAGAAGUUAGGAUAAAGCAAAUGACAACGACGAUUGAAGAAGAUACAGCAGUAUUAAAGCAGAAGAAAAUGGAAUUUGAAUUCGAAAAAGCUACAUUUAGUAAGCAAACAGAAUUUGCUAAGAAUGUACUGAAGAAACAAGACGAAGAAGUAAAAAUGUUAAAGGAAGAAAUACAACGGGAAUACAAAGAGAAGAUUUCCAGAAUAGAAGAAGAGAAGUCAAAAUUACUAAAAGAUAGUUCUCUUGUAGCGAAAGAAAAAGCAACUGUACAAAGUCUUAGGAUGGAAUUAGAAAAGACAAAGGCCGAGCUUGAAGCGCAGUUAGAAGAAAUGACGGAGGAGAGGUCCAAAUUAGUUAGAGAGAAACAAGACUUACAUAUGGAGGAACAACGGAUAAUUGCAAAGAGCAAGGAUUUGGAUUUGCUGACAAAAGCAGCUUUAGAGAAACAAUCACAAGCUGAAAAGAAGUAUUCGGAAGCUGAGAACCAACAGAGAAGGUAUGAAGAAAGGAUGCAUAAACUGCAAGAACAUAUCGUAUCACUUAACUCCAGAGAAAAGCAAAUAGCUAAAGAAAAAAUCGUAUUAUCUCGCGAAAGGAUCAAUCUUCAUAACGAUUGGAAGCAAAUGGAGGGAAAACAACAAUGCUCUUUAUGUCGUGCUAUACCGAGAACUCCUCAGUAUAACUUCGAUGCAGCAUUUUCUAGAAGUUACGAUGCUCCCGCGUCUAGAGAUUACGGUGAAGCGAAUAUGAGCCAUGCUGUUAGCGCAAUAGAGCAGGAAAUGGCGCAUCUUAUAGGAAGGUCGUUCGCUUUAAAACAUGACACUGCGAUUGAAAAACGUACGGAUGUAAGAGAUAAUUUUCAUAGUGUUCAUUCAGAUACUGUGCCAUCAGAGUCUGGUGCUUUUAAGGAUUACAUGGAUCCAAAGUUUAUGAUGUUACGUUUGGACGUACAAAAGGUUAUACACAAUUUGGGUGACAAGGAAGGUACAACGAACAAUUAAAUUUGUAAGGGUUAUAAUUAAUAAAAGACUGAAUU